AUGCAACUGGUAAACGGUGUGCUGCUGGAAGCUGUACAGGAUGAAGAGAUCCAGGCAGAGGGGUGGCGUACUUGUACUGUCAUCACCAAAUCUUAUUUUUCGGAAACUAUCUGGACUACGCUCAAGGACCACUUUGUGAUUUCAGCAGCCAGUCUUAAAUUCGCUGAAGCAUAUGCAAGCGUCAUGGGAGACGUGGAUGUGACAUGGUGGCAAAUUAUGAUGGAGAAAUACUUGCAACAAGCCUCAUCGAACCCUACAGCAUCAGUGCGUGCUGCAGCCUGUGAUUGCUUUGCUAGUAUGUCGCGUAUGAUAUAUGAAAACCUGGCGCUAACAUUUAUAUUACAGGUCAGGUAUCAAAGGUUGGCAGUGACCUUGCUGUUUUCCAUGUGCUCUGAUACAGACGCCCAUGUGAGAGCCGCCGCGUGUAGAGCACUGGGCGUCUUUGUAUUGUUCCCAUCGUUGAGAGAGGAUCCAAUGUUUGUAUCCGAUAUGACGAAAUCCAUCCUCCUACAAAAAGACAAUAAGACUAUUCUUGUACGUGUGAGAGCGAGUUGGGCCAUUGCAAAUUUGUGCGAUGCACUUGUACUGGAAAAUGAUGAAAAACCAGAGUUCUCUUUACGAGACUAUAUGUCUACUACAGAAUGGAUCGAGGUCUUGAGUACCGCUACCAACGGUGCACUGGACAACGAAAAGUUGAGAUCUAAUGCGGUGAGAGCCAUUGGCAGUCUAUUAAGAAUCACACCACAGGAAUAUUACGAAAACACGCGUAUCAUGUCGCUUGUGCGUAAUGCUAUGGAUGCGCUUGUCAAAAAUAUUGAGACAGGCUCGUUAAAGACCCGUUGGAAUGCGUGCCAUGCUACUAGUAAUAUGCUUUUAAACGAACAUUUUCCUAUUGGUUUUAUGACGGGCGGCGGUAUUUAUCCUUGGACAGCCAGCUUGUUCCAGGCAUUGAUUGGGUCGUUGAUUCAGUGUAAGAAUUUCAAGGUCCGAAUUAAUGCAUGUUUGGCCAUGACCACGCCUUUCAAAAGGGACCAGUAUGGCGAUAAGCUGCCGUUGAUUAUAAAGAGUAUUCUAGAGGCGUGGGAUACGUGUCAGGAAAACAAGGAUUAUAAAGAAAUCAAGUAUAAGCAGCAGUUAGAAGAGCAGGUAAAUUAA